GGUGAACAAUGGGUCUCCUGGCUGCGCUGCUAGUGAACGUGGUGGGCGGGGCCGUGAUCUACCUGACGGGCGGGCUGCUGACGUGGCUGGUGGCUCCGCUGCUGGGCUUCGGCUCGGGCGGCAUCGCCGCGGGCUGCGCCGCCGCCGCCGCGCAGUCCUACUACGGGAACCUGGCGGCUGGCAGCAUCAUCUCCAUCCUGCAGUCCGCUGCCGCUGUCACUCCUACCCCUUAGAUAACGAGAAGAACAUUUCAUAGCAGCUGAGCAUUCAAUACUAAAAUGUGAUUCUACGUAGGUAACUAAGAAUACGUUUAGUAAGGAUUUUAUACUUGAAUAAAUACAUAAGUGCCUAUUAUGAAUACUGCAAUAAAUACUGUAUAAGUAAUUAACUAUCAA